GGUUCUUAAAUUGAAAAGCCAAAAACGGCAGUUGCUGUUUAGUUUUUCAAAUUACCGUUUGAUGCGAAUUCCCACCAAAUUAAACGAAUUCAAUGGAGGGAGAUGGAGAACACAAAAUUAGGGUUUCAAUUUUUGAUAAUUCAAUUGAGAAUCACUUCACGGCAAUCGAUACAAUUUCUAAGCUAUGCGGAGAAUCAGAAACAGUUACUGAUUCUCCUGAACUUCAACAAUUAUCUUCAUCGAUUACGUUCUUAAGAGAAUGGAAACAUUAUAAUUAUGAAGCGAAAACAGUUAGGUUUGCUUCUGAAGUUGAAAGCUGUGGGAUUAAAGAUAAGGAAAUUCUUGGGCAAGUGAAUCUGCCUCAUUUUUCUUCAGCUGCUGUUCCUGAGAAAGAGGAGCUAUAUGGAGGCAACGGAGCUUUGAAAUCCAGCAAAGACUUUGUUAUGCAUGUUGGAGGGUCUGUUUGGGGAUUAGAUUGGUGUCCCAGGGAUCAAGAAAGGUCUGCUGGUCAUGUUAAUUGUGAGUUUGUUGCUGUUGCUGCUCAUCCUCCCGACUCUUGUUACCACGAGAUAGGUGUGCCGGUUGCUGGAAGGGGUGUUGUUCAGAUAUGGUGUAUUUUAAAUGUCAGUGGAGAUGAUGAAAAGACAUCAGUUCAGCUACAAAGGUCAAAACAGGUGGCUAAAAAGAGCAAUGACAAGUCUAUUAUUGUAAAGCGACCCCAAGGACGACCUAGAAAGACACAACUAGAAGAAAAUUCGGAUGGUAAGGCUACAAACCAGAACUGCACUCAGAUCAAGAGGCCAAUAGGUAGACCUAGGAAGAAGCCAAUAGAAGAAACUCUUAAUGAUGAAACCACACAGGAUAAUUCAACUCAAUUUAAGAAGCCAAGAGGCCGACCCAGAAAGAAGGCAAAUGAUGAAUCUCUUCAAGCCCUUGCUGUUCAAUACCCAGAAGAUUCCUCUCAAGUGCUUGCUAUAGAACCGGUUUCGAAGAAUACCGAAGAACAUAUGGUACUUAAAAACAAGGGAAACAAACGUAAAAGUGCUACUAAAGCACUGUCUGCAAGUAUUUCAACUCAUGAAACUACAAAGAAAUGCAGAAGAUUGAAAAGUAAGGCAACUGUUCAAUAUUCAGAAGAUGGGUGUCAAUUUCUUGCUAUAGAAGGGGUUUGUGAGUUUAACCAAGAACAGGCCCUGCAGAAACACAAGGGGAAGAAGCAAAAAGGUUUUUCCAAAGCACUUUCAGCAUGUAGUUUAACUGUUAAACCUGUUGGUCAAAUCAAAGGAGGGAAAAGUAAAGCAAAGGCUGGUGGUAAUUGUUCUGGUUUUUCAUGUCCACCAUUAUUGGCUCGAAGUGAAGAUGAUCAAUCUUUUUCUAUAAACCACCGAAUACAGGAGAACACAUCAAAGGAUGUUGCAGUGCUUGAUUGUGGUUUAGAUAAUGUUUCCGGGGUUAUCAACUCGGAUUCUUGUAUUAUUCCAGCAGAUGUUGCUUUGCCAAGAGUUUUGUUAUGCCUGGCUCAUGAUGGAAAAGUUGUAUGGGAUGUAAAAUGGCGGCCGUGUUAUGGAUCCGACUCCAAACGCAAGCAUCGAAUGGGUUAUCUUGCUGUCUUGCUAGGAAACGGAUUUCUAGAAGUAUGGGAUGUUCCUCUUCCUCAUGUAACAAAAGUUAUUUAUUCUUCUUCUCAUAGAGAAGGUACUGAUCCUCGAUUUGUUAAAUUGGAGCCUGUAUUUAAAGGCUUAAUCAGCAACCACGGGCAUAUGCAGAGCGUCCCAUUGACAGUAGAGUGGUCAACUUCAUACCCCCACGAUUACUUACUUGUUGGAUGCCAUGAUGGAACGGUUGCUUUAUGGAAGUUCUCUGCAAGUGGUACAUCUGGAGAUACAAGACCUUUUUUGUGUUUCAGUGCAGAUACAGCUGCUAUUAGAGCAGUCGCAUGGGCUCCAUAUGGAAGUGAUCAAGAGAGCGGAAAUAUUAUACUCACAGGUGGACAUGGAGGUCUGAAGUUUUGGGACUUACGUGAUCCAUUCCGACCUUUAUGGGAUCUCCAUCCAGCACCAAGAUUCAUUUAUAGUCUCGAUUGGCUGCCAGAUCCAAGAGGUAUUAUCCUAUCAUUUGAUGAUGGAACAAUGAGACUCCUUGGCUUGGCGAAGGCUGCAAAUGAUGCUCAUAUACAGCUUUCCCUUGAGCCUAAACAACCAGGAAUGCAUAAUAUAUCAAAUUUUUCAUCCCAUGCUAUUUGGAGCGUUCAAGUGUCGAGAAAAACAGGCUUGGUUGCAUAUUGCAGUGCAGAUGGUACUGUUUGCCGCUUCCAGCUCGCAACAAAAUCAGUAGAGAAAGUGAAAGACCCAUCAAGGAAUCGAACUCCACAUUUUAUGAUUGGGUUCAUGAGUAAAGACAAGGCGGCUAUUACGGUUAACAGUCCAUCACCAGACAUCCCUUUGAAUUUUAAGAAGCCAGUUGUUGGGAACAAACAAAGAUCAAUGAAGGAUUUAGCAAAAUCGUGUCAGGAAAAAAAACGUAUUCGAUUGCUUGCCAUAUCCGAUGGAAAUGAUGAUCAAACGCAAUGUGAAUUGGACGAAACACUAGGAGCUCUCAGAAGUCGAAAUAAAGAAAAAUCUAAAAAUGUCAGCAAGAAAACGACAGGAGAGAUUUCAGCAUUGGUUUGCAUCGAUGAAAAUCGAGAUGACAGAUUGCGUAAAGAAACGGGAAAAGGAGAAGCCGUGAGUGAAGUUGAAGUGAUGCCUCCAAAGAUUAUAGCAAUGCAUAGAGUUAGAUGGAAUAUGAAUAAAGGUAGUGAGAGAUGGUUGUGCUCUGGAGGAGCAGCUGGAAUUGUAAGGUGUCAAAAAAUUAUGUUGUCUGAUACAGAUAAAUUUUUGGCUAGAAAAUGGAAAGCUAACAAAAUUUUAUAAUUGGUUAUAAAAUGUCACUAUAGUUUAUUUACA